ACCCACCCACCCGUGCCCGGCGCCGGGAAUUGAUGGUGAGCGGGGCYGGGGGCUGCCCACGAUGGAGGAGAGGCCCUCGGGCGGCAUCAAGCCCCACCUGGACAAGCUGACGCUGGGCAUUACGCGCAUCUUGGAGACUUCUCCAGGAGUUGCUGAGGUGACGAUUGUGGAAAAGGAGCCGGCUGAACGCCACAGUAUCAUCUCAUGGGAGCAAAAAAACUCCUGCAUAUUGCCAGAAGAUUUAAAGAACUUCUAUCUGAUGACUGACGGAUUCCAGAUGACCUGGAGUGUAAAGACUGAUGAUGCCCCAAUGCCCCUGGGUUCCAUGGUGAUCAAUAGUAUCUCGAAGCUCUGCCGACUUGGGGGUUCCUCAAUGUACACUCUGCCUAAUGCUCCAAGUCUGGCUGAUCUGGAAGAUGACACAGACGAGGAAGGUAAUGAAGACAAACCAGAGAAGCCACACUUUGAUUCUCGCAGCCUUAUCUUUGAAUUAGACCCAUGCAAUGGGAAUGGGAAAGUUUGUCUCGUUUAUAAGCACACUAAACCAGUUGUCUCCCCAGACACAGAAAUAUGGUUUUUGGACAGAGCUCUGUAUUGGCAUUUCCUCACCAAAACCUUCACAGCCUACUACCGCCUGCUCAUCACCCACCUGGGUCUUCCACAGUGGCAAUAUGCCUUCACCAGCUAUGGGGUCAGCCCCCAGGCCAAGCAAUGGUUUAACAUGUAUAAACCCAUCACCAUCAACACAGCUCUCCUUUCUGAAGAAGCUGACUCCUUUGUGAACAAGCUGGACCCCAACAAAGUGUUUAAAAGCAAGAACAAAACUCCAGUGAUGAAAAAGAAAGCAGCCUCCCAGCCGACAGGCUCCCAAAAGAGCCAACCUGGCAUGACAUCCUCCAAGACUUCCACACUACCUGGGAAUCCUUCAAAGAAGCGAGACCCCCAGGUCUGACCCUGGAUUGCAUUUGCUUUGAUGUUCUGUGGUGCAGAGUCUGAGAAUUUCAGAUCAAGCUCCUUUUUGUGCAUGAAUAGAUCUUCCCAUGGAAACUACACUGCAGCAUUUGCAUGAAAUAUAACCACAAUGUACUUUGACAUGGGAGGUAGAUCCUGGUGGCUUUGAGAUGGUGAUGUAAUUCACUUCUGCUACUUGCAGAAAGUCCUUUUCAGAAGGCUUGAAGAAGUCCUUAGUGUCACUGCUCUGUAGACAAGCUGUUAGUACUGUGCAACUAGAGCAGUGAAAUGAAAGUAAAUGUAAGUCAUUAUUAUUUUAAUAGACCCUUGCUGAAAUACAGAACAUGAGGAUAUUUCUGCUGUCCUCUUUGAAAGAAACCUGCCCUGACCCUGCACGUUAUGGGGCAGGCUGGAACCAACAACACAAAUAUCUUCCACUUACAGACAGAAUCAAACYCUGCAUUCCCCUGUGUUCCUUCCAAUCUUCCAACUCUGAGAUUCACGGUAUAGAGGGACCUGAAGUUUCCAUAUCCCUGCAUUGGCCUAGCCACUUGCUSUACAGCCAAGAUCACUCCUUGGCUUUCUUGCCAUAUCCUUGGGAUAGAGAGCUCUGCGUGACAUCCUCUAUAAUGAACCUGGAGGCAACAAGAAGAUGCAAGAGCCCUAACUGCCUCUGCUUUCUCCUCUCGUGGGAAGUGGCUGAGGACAGCUAACCCAGAGCAGCUCCAGCUGCAUCAAUGUGUUAGAAUGUUGUAAGCCAGGAAGACACCUUGGUUUGUCACAUUCACCAAUUUAUCACAAAUAUUCAUUUGCAAAGCUGAGCUUUCAAAAAGCCUAUGUCACCUAUUAACUGGGCAGGAUCUGACCAGGGGCCAUUGAGAUCCUACAGCCCUAGAAGGCCCUGAUGCUAUUUUCUAUACU